CAGGAUGUGCACGUGAUGAUCUUCAUUGGCUUUGGUUUCCUCAUGACGUUCCUGCAACGUUACGGCUUUAGCAGUGUGGGCUUCAACUUCCUCAUUGCGGCCUUCGCUCUGCAGUGGGCCACUCUCAUGCAGGGCUUUGUCCACGGCAUGCACGGGGGCAAGAUCCACAUCGGAAUAGAGAAUAUGAUCAACGCUGACUUCUGCACGGGCUCAGUGCUUAUCUCGUUCGGGGCGGUCCUGGGGAAGACCAGUCCAGUCCAGCUGCUGGUCAUGUCUGUGAUUGAAGUCACCCUGUUCGCAAUCAAUGAGUUCAUUGUGCUUUCUGUUCUGGGGGCCAAGGAUGCUGGUGGCUCCAUGACCAUCCACACCUUUGGAGCUUACUUUGGCCUGAUGGUGGCUCGUGUUCUCUACCGCCCCAACCUGGACAAGAGCAAACACAAGAACUGCUCUGUCUACCACUCUGACCUCUUUGCCAUGAUUG